CUCUCACUGCAUCUCUUCCUUUUGACUUGAAGCUAUUAUGAUUUUUCUGGAAAUCCCAGAUGGGAUUUUUUGUAGCAUUUGAUUCAAGUUUAGAGUUUCAAUCUCGGUAACUUGUAUCCAGCAACAACAAUGGAGUUGAUUUCCCAUGAAAUGAAGCGAAGAAGCUUGCUUUCUCCAUCGGAGCAGCCGUAUUACCUCCCUCUACCACCCCAGAACUUGAACUCCGGUAGUUUCAACUUGAGCAACAAGGUAAGUCCGAGCAUAUUACUCAUCAUCAUAAUCCUAGCCAUCAUCUUCUUUGUCUCCGGUUUGCUUCACCUCUUGGUUAGAUUCCUCAUGAGACCUCCAAAUAGAGAACCGGAAGAUUCAGACAAUGUGACGGCUGUUCAAGGACAGUUACAACAGCUGUUCCAUCUCCACGAUGCCGGCGUCGACCAAUCGUUCAUCGAUACUCUCCCUGUGUUCCACUACAAAGCCAUUAUAGGUGUGAAGAAUCCCUUCGAUUGUGCCGUUUGCUUGUGUGAGUUCGAGCUUGAAGACAAGCUCAGAUUGAUUCCAAAAUGCAGCCAUGCUUUUCACAUGGAGUGUAUCGAUACUUGGCUCUUGUCUCAUUCGACGUGCCCUCUGUGUAGAGCUAACUUAAUCCCUGAUUUCUCUCCGGGCAACGCUUGUUCGCCCGUUGUUCUUGUGCUUGAAUCUGGGAGUGAGAGCUCGAGGGAGAUUGUGAGUGAAAUCGUCGAGAAUAAUGAAGUUGACGAUGAAACAGUGAUGGAUUCUGGGGGAAAAGUUGUGCCUGUUAGGCUAGGGAAGUUUAGGAACGUUGAUGGUAAUGGCGAAGGUAGUGAUAAUGGAAAUGUUGAUGAUAGAAGAUGUUUUUCCAUGGGGUCAUUUGAGUAUGUAAUGGACGAGAAUUCUCUGUUGCAAGUUCCGAUACGAACUCCGAUGAAGAAACCGUCGAGGAAGAAGAAGACUCGUUUGCCGUUGACACCGGGACACCGCCCCGCGAUCUCCGAAUACGAUUUCGAGUCGAGUCGUUUCGAAAUCACGAGCAACGGCAGUGACAACAACGGCGAGCGUAUCGAUACGAGCAAGAAGGAAAGCUUUUCGGUAUCGAAAAUUUGGCUCCGGGGAAGGAAAGCCGAAUCAUCAAGGAGGACCUUUUCAUUUCGAUUACCCGAGCACCGCCAUGUUGGUGGUGCUAACGGCGGUGAAAUAGGCUCCGGGCGGUGGAAAGAUGGAGUGAGCGAAUUGGGUUUGGAAGAGGAAAACCAGAGAACACCGUCUUUUGCAAGGAGGACAUUGCUUUGGCUAGCUGGGAAACAAAACAAGGUUGUUCACUCAUCUUUUACACCAAACGUUUAGUUUCUCUCUCAUUUUCCUGGGAAAAUCUUGUAGCUGGAAAAUUUGGUCAUAGUGAAAGAAAUCUUUUUUUCA